GAAAUACUUUUAAAAAUAUUUGUUUAUAUAAGCAAAAGCAAUAAGUGAAUCGUAGUUUUUAUAAUGUUAUUUUAAAAAUGAUUAUAAUUUUUCACCAGAUUAGUUUAUUAGUUAUUCGAUAUUUAAGACAUCGAAAUGUCUCAAAGAGCGACAAGAACAAAAAAGUUCUACCUGUAAAUAACGAACAGGAAGAUUCUGAGUAUUCUUUGAGGUUUAGGCCUCCUGUUUACAAACAAAGAUAUGGAGAAGUAUUCAAAACUCUUAUAGACAGUAGAUGGAGGACCAAAAUUAAUACAUUAUGUGAUUUUGGUUGUGCGGAGUUUGGAAUCUUCACUUUUUUGAAACAGUUAAAUAGACUAAACAAUAUAAUAUUUGUUGAUAUUGAUGAAGAUACAUUAUUGUUUUACAAAUCUAAAGUAUAUCCUUUAACUAUCGAAUAUUUAAGUAGACGAGAGGAAGCCUUAAAUGUCAGUAUUUUUAAGGGUAGUGUAGGUGAUCCUGAUUAUCAUCUGCUAAAUGUGGAUGUUGUGACUGCCAUAGAGCUCAUUGAACAUCUCUACCCAGAUACCUUAGAUGCCUUUGCUUAUAACAUAUUUAGUUACAUACAACCAAAGAUAGUGAUGGUGACAACACCAAAUGCAGAUUUUAAUGUACUGUUUGGUUGGGAGGACGAGAACAAAACAUUUAGACAUUAUGAUCAUAAGUUUGAAUGGACGAGGCAGCAAUUUCAGGAUUGGUCAAACAACAUCAUCCUUCGUUUCCCUGACUAUACAAUGUAUUUUACCGAUAUAGGUGAAGGGCCUGCAGGGACCGAAGCCUUGGGAGCUUGUAGUCAAAUGGCAACUUUCGUUAGAAAAGAUUUGUGCAAUGAAAGCUAUAUUUUACAAAAAUACACAAAACUCUGCAUCUGUGAUAAUGAAUCUAUGUGCCAAAAGAACACUGGAACUGGAUCUGUGAUGAGCUGUAAAUGUACCUGUAGCUUAUGUUCUCCGAGUUUUUCAUGGGGAAUUUGCACGUAUUAUAGUUUUUCGAUACCAGCGACUGAUAGUGAUAGUUUUAAGGAUCCCUCAUAUAAUGUUUAUUAUAAGCUGUUAGACCAAAUCGAAUAUCCUGUCGAUCAAGAUAGUCGAACCGAGGAAGAGAAAAUUCUCGAUGAAUUUAGAUAUAGAAUAAACAUUUUAGGUCACAUGAAUGGAAGAUUCUUUGUUGAAGAGAGAGAUCGAUCUGAAAUACCGAUAAUUGAACUGUUGUAUGGACCCGAAGGAACAAAUAUAACUGAAAUUGAGCUAUGUACGUUAUUAAAGAGUGACGGUUAUGAAGUCCAGGAUUGCAUAGUCCAAGAAAUAGGUGAAUCCGAAAAAUGUGUUAUUUACACACCAAUAUUGAUGGAUAACUGUUCAACUUCUUCGGAAUCUUUAGAACCAGAAGGCGAUUUUCAUACGUAUAUUCUACCUCCAGGAUCAGAUUCUGAUUGGGAUGAAUCUAUAAAGGAGGAAACCAACAACAAAGAUGUAAAGGCAAAAUUAGGCGAAACUUCUGGACUUAAAGAGGAAAAUCACUCAGAUGUGCUAACCAACAAUGUGGUACCAGAAGAAAGUCACCAACAACUGCAAGAUGUAAAAGCAAAAGUAGCCGAAACUUCUAGACUUAAAGAGGAAAAUCACUUCAAUGUAGUAUCCAAAAAUUCAGUACCAGCGGAAAGUUCACAACAGGAAGCUGAAGAGUCCCAAAAUAAUUGUGAAUAUCAAGAAGAAACAGACAUAUUUGACGAUGCAAUAAGUUCUCCUAUACCAUCCGACGAAGAUAACAAAUUGCAUUUGAAAAGAGCUCUAGACUUUGAAACACACUCAUUUUCGAGUGUACCAAACAAUGUAGAUGAUGAAAAAUUGGAUAAUUUUACAAUUAAUGAAUUAGAUAGGUUUCGUGAUCUUACGUCAACUAAAAAUGCCAUUGGUCGUGUCCUUAAGCUCCACCAAAGGAUUCGUAAGAUGUUUUUCAAAGAAAUGGACCCAGUGGCAGGUCCGUCCGCUCUGCCCCCACUAAAGAAGCGAAAAAUGAAGAUUCCUAUCUCAGACAGUAAGUAUGAACCAACCUUGAUGGACGAUAUGAAAUCUUUGACGAACUGCAUCAUAAAAAACACUUUGAACGUGUUAAACGUGGAUGAUGACAGGAGUGUUGUAUUUGCUAAUGUUCCAAUGCAUGGGCCUGUGUUUACUGGCACUCCUGGUCUGAUACCAGAAAUUGACGAAACUCAAAUGCAAUAUCUGGAUGUGGAUGGUAUUACUGAUUCUCUCAUUGAUGUUAGAGGAAAUUCAAACAUCAAUGGUAUUCGUCCGAGCAAAUUUAUCAUAGAAAACAACAUAAUUAACUUCAAUCUUCAGUUGCCCCCAAAACCCUCAACAACUUCAUCUCAGCCAAUACCGCCUUUAGCAUCUUCGGAAAUGUCAAUACCUGAAUUUGCUGACAUUCAAGAACAAAACAUACAUUCAGAAGAUAAUGCUAUCGAUCAAAAUGAUUCGGAUAUUAGUUACCAGUGUGGCUGUGACGAAUAUUAUGAAGAUGCAGUAAGUGAAGGAAGUAUGACAGCUUCAGUCGACCAAUCAAGCACAGAGGCAGUUGCAGAUCCGAAUUCCACAAUAGAUCUAACAGUAUUCGACACCGAUGUUACAAUUCCUGAAGAAAAUGCGCCACAUCCAGAAAACUCAAUGGGUGCGAACUACUUGAGUUUUGAUGAUUUAAUCGUUGUUGUUCCUAUUCUUCUUGAUCCGUUGGAAACUCUUGAUUUGGGACAGAAUACGAAUGGAUUUCCCGCUUGGCUGCUUGAAAUUCUAAACACUCAAGUCAGAGAAGAAAACUUACCACCUACAAAUGAUUUAGAAGAGCCUCAUUUUUAUUGUCAAGGAGACGGAUUAGGUGUUCACUCAUCUCUACUUUCGGUAGAAGUGGACGAGGGAGAAGAAGCAUCGUCUGAAUCUAGCGACGAAUCCGGAGAUUACGCCGAAGUAGAUCCAGGUAUAUCGACCAUGGAUAUGAGUUCACUUCCAGAAGAUUCGCAAGGACUUACCACUGACAACCAAGAUUCUUUAGAAGAAGAAACUGACAACAGAAUUGCUGCGAAUAGUCUUCCAGCAAUACCACAAAACGAAGUUGAAGCAAUGGAUUCCGUAUCUACCAAUUCAAAUAUAGAAACUGAAUAAAAAUUACAAUAAAUGUUCUUAUUCCAUUCAUUUUUGGAACUCGGUUUCUCUUGUCUUCUCUAAUAGUUUCUAUCUAGGGUUGUCAUUCACUUUGUUCGUUUGUAUGUCAAUAUUUUCAGGUUUUAAUGACUUUUUACCUUAUUUCAUUGGUUCACGUUUUCCAAGAAUAUUUCCAGAACAGUGAGAUGAGGAAGUUAGGACAAAAUUUGUAAUUAUUUAAUAAUCCCCACAAAUUAUUCCUCGACAAAAAAUCACCACAAAUAAUCCCCGGACAAAAAAUUUCCAAAGAAAUAUUUGCUGCCGAAUAGUUCUAAAAGUUUUCCGAAUUUCGUUAUACUAAUUUCAAUUCCAAUGCCAGAAAGAAACACGUAUUGCGAGGAAAGUUAAAUCUCCGCUACGCGUCGGGCAGUAAACUUCAUAUGCUCGAUGGAUACUGUCAUAGGCGCUCUCAAAAUCAAUGAAGAGUGUAUAUAUUAAAUUCACUAGUCUUUUCCAAGAUUUGCCUAGACGAAGAUCUGAUCUAUUGUGGACUUACACCACAUUGAUAUCCCCCAACUAUUUGUUCCGUAUAUGGUCUCAAUCGCUCAUACACAAUAUUUGACAGUAUUUUAUGCCAGUCAGUAGUGUUAUUGCCCGGUAGUUUUACAUUCAAGCAGAUCUCCCUUUUUAUGUAGUGGAAUAAUUCUGUACCAUCCGUGAAUAAGUCGAAUCAAUUUUUUAUUCUUCAAAACUAAUGUUAUUCAAUAGGGAGUCUCAGCCUUCUUUUAUUAAUUCUGCGCUAAUAUUGUCUAAUCCAGGUGACUUGUUUUUCAGUCUGGUAACUGAUUCUUGCAUUUCAGCUACUGAAGGUGUUAUUUUUUGCUUAUGACCAAAAAAAUGUUUUGUUUUGCGCUGUUAUGUAAUUCCUCAAGUUCUUUGUUUAUAACAAUCUUAUCGACAUCCGGAUCAACUGUUACCCAAAAAAUUCGUGUUCUACGGCUCAAGAUACAUAUCAGACAUAGCUGCUUGGGGAGAGAGGCCAGAUGGGAGAAGGUCCGAUAGAACGGCCUAGAAGUAUCGAGAUAGAAAAAAUGGGAGUGAGACAGUGGGAAGUAGUGGCACAGGACCGACAAACAUUGAAGGCAGACUCAUGUUAUAAUGCCAUUGAUGAUGAUAACUAAAUAUUUUUGACAUUAAAUUUACAAAAACAAAACAGGUUUUUUUACAUUUUGUUUUCAGGACCUGCAGUUCAUCAUUACGAAUUACAAUCAUAAAGGUAUAUCGUAUAUCCCUUGUUUAUGUAAUUUCACCAUUCGGACAAAAGCACCCAGCUCAGCUGAAUAUUAAUGACUCUUUUAGAUAGUUUGUCAAGACUCUACUGUAUUGCUAAAAUAAAUUGUUAUAUAAGGAAAGUAUAGAGAGAGAUAUGAUUGGUUGUAGUGAAAACAAUUAAGUAGCUUUGGUAAAAUAUUUUAUUCAAUUUUUAUCAACCCAAUAUUUAAAAAUUCACAUUCGGAACUGGCUUGCUUGAAUAUUUUUCAUCGCAU